AUGCAGGAAAUUUUGAAAAAGGAAAGAGUUCUGAACGAAACAGCGAAAUCAAUGGAAGGUCUUGAUCAGUUUGACGCCAAAUUGGUCCAGUACACGAGAGACACGAUUCUGAUCCCGCCAGAAGAAUAUUCCGCAAAUGACACGACAAGUCGAUUGCUUAUUGAUGAGAAAUACGAUCCGUCUGUGAUGCAAGUCGCGUCGAAAAUUAUAAAAUUGCUCAAGCACAGGAAAAACGGAUUUGUCGUUGAGUGUGGUGUGUGGGACGGCAUCGCUCAGUCCAAUUCGUUGCUUUUGGAGAUUUUUUACAACUGGACUUCCCUGCUAAUCGAAGCUGCGCCGACCGAGGUGAGAAAAGUAGAAGCGAGGAGAAACCGGGCUUGGAUUGCUCCAGCUUGCCUCAGCACGAAACCAUUUUCAAAUACGGUUAAAUUUCUAGACCACUCCAUGUUUGGAAUGAUUGUUGGCCCGACGACCAAUUUAACUGAAAAGGACAAAACUCUCGUCCACAACGUCCUCUGCAUUCCCUUCAUGACGUUCAUGCAGGCGUUGAACAGAACGUCCAUCGAUUAUUUCAGCCUCGACGUCGAGGGCAGCGAAAUGGAGAUUUUGCCUCUAAUCGAUUUCGAAAAGAUUAAAAUAGACGUGAUGACGAUAGAACACCAACUUCUACCGGGAAAACUGGGAAAGAUGGUCAACUUCAUGGCUGCAAAAAACUUUACCCUUCAUUCGGCGACGUUAGUCGAUUUUAUAUUUGUUAACAAUCGUCUGGGUUUGACCUAAAAAUACAACGAGAAUCGCUUAAAA